ACUGGCCUGAUGCUGUCAUUCCACAAAUUUCCACUAUCAGAUGUCAAGCAAAUCAGCCACCACUAUCUUCAUCACGGUACUGAGUGCGUGUGGUGCUAUUUAUGGUCAACUGGUAACAGCAGACCAAUUAUGCCAGUUGGAACAUCAUUCAACCACGAAUACAAAUGAUGAAAUUACUAAGCCAAUUGACGUCGGACAAAAGAAAGCUAGUUUGUGUCUAACUAGCGUGAAAUCAACACCAUAUGAAAAUAAAAUUCAAAAAGCUGUAUCAAUAAUUAGUACUAACGUAACUUCCAGUACAAAUGUUUGCCAACCUACUUCUCAGAUAAUAGUGGCUCAGUCAGCUUAUGCCAAUUUAGAUCCAACAGUCACUAAAAUACAACAACAUACUAACAGAGAUAUUCAUCAACCUAUGGAAUUAUCGCAUUCACUUGGUUCAGAAUCAUUUAUAUUUUCAUGCCAUUCCGAUAUUCAACCAACCGCAAUGGACAUAGGCGGACAACCAGGUAGUCCAUCAUUAUCAAAAAAUCUUACAACUGUAGUAUCUAGUUGUUUACUUCAAAGUAGUACUUCGCAGAGCGGAUUAAAUACUUACUGUUAUCCUAUUUUUCCAUUUCCUGUUUCCACUGCGGAUGAAAUUACUUGUAAUUCAACAUUAUGUAACCAUGUCAAAGAUGCUGGAUUAGGCAGUAAUACUCGCGGUACUAUAGUUGCUCAUUGUGAACCGAUAGUAAAUGUUAGUAAUCAAUACCCCUGUCCACGAGAUUUAGAACAACGACCUGUCAUGAAAAUGUCAGUGAAUCUUAUUCGAACUUAUAAAAAUAUUAAUGAGGUGUACUAUCGAAAGAAACGUCGUAUUAGAGAACAAAUCAGUGAGGAUAGUAUUCAAAAAAGAGAUCGUAAAGGUUCUGUUACUUUUGGUAAUGGUGGUGGAUUGGCUCCUUCAUGUCAAAAUGGAUCUACAGGAAGUUUAACAGGAGUUAAUGUUGCAACUGUAGCAAAUACAGCUGCAUUAACAUGUCACUAUCAUCAUUAUCAUCAUCACCAUCAUCACUGUGUAGCACCACAGUCGUCUACAUUAUCAUCACAAAUUCCUAUGGUACCUCCACAUCGAUGUGGUAUUGGUUGUAAUAAUAAUCUUGUCACAGGGUCUAUUUGUUGUACAUCAUCUUCAGAUUUACAAACACGAUCAUCCGGAGUCAAUGGCAUUAUCCAGUCACGACAUCAAGGACCCUCUAUAGUUCAAAUGAAACAUCAUCAUCAUUCAACUGUUCUUCAUCCUAAUCAACAUUCUAUUUCCAAAGAUUCAACUACUUCACAUCUCUCUCACCAUUCUCAACAACAUAUCUACGAUCAAGGUUCAUCAUUUCCUUCUUGUAAUCCGUCUAAAUCAUAUCCAUUGACUAAUUUGAAUAUUGUUACUACUGCUUCUGGAUUUCGUACUGGACUCACAUUACCAUCAACUAGUGUUGGGACUGGUCCAUCUGUAUACUCUUGUCAAAUACAAUCAAAUUCUGUUUGUCAAUCAGCAUCAGCAUCAUCGUCUGUAUAUCCAUCACAUCAUCAUCAUCAUCAUGGACUUGUGCGUAUUGGUGAUGUAUGGUAUAAUCGUUAUAAAAUUCUAGCCUUAAUUGGGAAAGGUACAUUUGGUCAAGUUGUUCGUGCUUUCGAUGAAUUAACCGGAGAGGAAGUCGCUAUUAAAGUGAUUAAAAAUAAACGUUCUUUUGUACAACAAGCUGAAGUUGAAAUUAAAUUACUACGUGAAAUGUCUAUAUUUCAAGCGAAUGAACAAUUAGCUACAGAUGUUGGAGCUAAUUAUAUUGUGAAUUUAAAAGGACAUUUCAGUUAUCAUGGUCAUUUAUGUUUAGUAUUUGAAUUACUCUCUUAUAAUUUAUAUGAUUUACUUGGUAAUACAAAUUAUCGUGGUGUAUCAUUAAAUUUAACAAGAAAAUUUGCUCAACAAUUAUGCGCUGCAUUAGUAUUUCUAUCUAGAUCAGAUGUACAAGUAAUACAUUGUGAUUUAAAACCGGAAAAUAUUUUAUUAGUUAAUCCAAAACGUUCAGCAAUUAAAGUUAUUGAUUUUGGUAGUUCAUGUCAUGUACAUGAAAAAGUAUAUCAAUAUAUUCAAUCAAGAUUUUAUCGCUCUCCAGAAGUAUUGUUCAAUUUAGACUAUGGCUUGGAACCAUUAUUUUGCGGAGCGAAUGAGCUUGAACAACUGCUCCAAAUUAUCGAAGUGCUUGGUUUUCCACCGGUGUAUAUGAUUGAAGCUAGUCCUAAAUUAUCAAACUUUUUUGAAUGCAUACCGGUGAAUUUGAAUUCUACUUCAACAGCAACAACAAACCUAAUCAGUACUUCUACCACUGAUUGUGGUGCUGACUUUACUGCCAAUAAUACUAGUAUUAAUCCGGCCUCGAACCCUACAACGACACCAUCGACAACCACAUAUGGGACAUUAACAACAACAAUUAAAACAAACACAAUAGCUGGAGAUAAUACAGUGGCAGCAACAACAACAGCCACUGUUUUAUCUUCAUCAAAAAAUACUACUAAUGCUACUACUACUACCACCAUCAGUAGUAGUUCAGCCUGUGGUGCUGAUUGUAUUAAUUAUUGCUCCAAUAGUAAUACAAAUGUAAAAAAUCCAGUCAACCCUGGUGUUACAAAUAGCUGUGAUAGUAAUAAUAACUCGAAUACAUCAAACAAUAUAGCUGAUAAAUUGAAUACAGGCGUAUUAUUAUCAACAUCUGGGACUGUGUUUUACAAACCGAAGCGUGUAUGGACUAAACAAGAGUGUACUUACGAGUGUAAAUUUUCUGGAGUUGGAACAAGAACAUUGCGUACAGUUGUCGGGGCUGAUAUUGGUGGGCCUAAAAGUUGUCGUCGUGGGGAACAAGGUCAUACACCUGAAGAUUAUGAUAAAUUCGUCGAUUUGAUCCAACGUAUGUUAGUAUAUGAACCCCGGUUUCGUAUUCGCCCGGAGGAAGCUCUCACGCAUCGCUUUUUCACACGUAAGGAUGAAAGUGGACAACAGAAACAACAGACUGGUAACAGUAGCUCUUCUACAACCACUUCAACUGUCAAUCCGCCACUUACAACUUGUUCAAUAAUAACGACAACAGCCAAUGUAAUCAGUAGUAAUAGUAGUACUAUUACUUCUACUCCUAAUACUACUACCACAGUCGUCACUAAUACUUCUGUUACUGGUUCCAAUACAAAUAUAAUAUCUCUCUCUUGUCAGUUUGCUUCUCCCAAUAAUAAUAAACAGUCUCCUUCCAGUAAUUUAGCGCAUUGUAUUCAUGAAAAAGUUCCCUCCAGUAGUAGUAAUAGUAGUGGUAGUAGCACUACCACGGCGAUGACGACUACAUCUCAUCAGCAUUAUAAUUCCGAACAGGACAUAAUGAAUGCAUCCUACUUAACAUUUGCUCCAAAUCAAGAAAUUAAACUAUCUGGAUCAAUUGUUACCUCUACUAAUUCUACUGUUCCACCACCAUAA